AUGGCCACACCAUUCAAGGCUCUCGCUCUGCGCCCUGGCGACUGCGACGACGGCGCUGUGCUGCACGACGACGACGACGACGACGACAGCCUCGUUCACGACCGCAACCCGUCCCAUCAGCCUAAGGGGCUGCGCCGACGCCGCAUCCAGGUCUUCUUCUCCAUCACCUCGAGCGCCGUCGGACUGGUCCUGGGCGUCGUGCUCCUCUCGACGGGCGUGGCCGAGCCGCUGGUCGCGCAGAUCCCGCUCGAUCCCUUCAUCUCGCUGGGCCUGCUGACAAUGACGUUUGCCGGCGCCGGAUGGCUCGUCGGCCCCAGCAUCGGCAGCCAAGUCUUUUACCUGAUGAACAGGAGCCUAAAGAACCAGAUCAACCAUAAGGAGGCUGAGUUCUUUGCCAGGAUCAGGAAGAACCGCGUCGACCCGUCAAACUCGAGUACUGCCAACCCUGUCCCUGACUUUUACGGCGAGAAGAUUCAGAGCGUCAACGGUUACAGGCAGUGGCUCAAGGAUCAGAGGGCUUUCAACAAGAAGAAGUCGGCCGAUCUCAUAUAG